GCUUUAUCAACUUAACAGUUCUUCUCUGUGCACGCGUUGUUCACAUUCAAACGCAGUCAUGAAAAGAACAUCUGUGGAAGAAGGAUCCCCUCCAAAAAGAUCUCGCCUGGAGGACAACCUUGCGCUAUUCGAUGAAACACGUCGAAAGAAUGCAACUGACCUUCUCGACCCCGCGACAGAUGAAACCAACAAUAUCGAAGCCAAAAUUCACAUGGUUUUUCCCUGUAUCGGCAACAAACGCCAGGUGAAUGUCGAGAUGCGUGAACACGGCGACACCUACCGCUUUCUCGUUCUCAUUUCGUCCAAAGUCGACGAAUUAAUGCCCUUCCCAUUCGCUGUCAAUGACAGAAUCUGCCUUUCUCUUAAGGGUGCACAGAUUCAGCCAAGGGCACAGUCUUCUGCACCUUUCUAUCUGCCCGUCGGGCUCGUAUUCAAAGAUGGGAUCGCAGCCAUGCUCAUGUCAGGACCCGAAAUUGGGAAGGUAUACAGUACUUGGGAAGUGGACUGGUAUAGCGAUACCGGCGACAUUCCGCGUGUCGGGGACGUUGUCCCGCAACAUUCCACAGAAGACGUGGAAAUGUCAAACACAAAUCCUCCAUCUAAAAGCCCGCAGUCGGAAAUCGUUACUAGUCAGAAAGCGCGAGAAGAACCCAUGCCUGUUCUUGCGUCCCGCCAGCAUCUCGAUUCGCGAGCUGAUAGUCUUCCUCAACCUGGCGAGCAGUCACCAGAAAUGGAUUUUACAAAGGCGCAGAGGCGCAGGCGGAAAAAGCAAGCACAUAAGUUAUCCGCUCUCAAGGACAGACGUAAAUCGGACGGGCAUGAGAUACCGAUACCACAAGCAGAGGCGGUCGCUCUGCGACCACCAUCAUCGCCCCCCACCAAUGUACGGUCACCACCACAAGUAUCCUCUAACGAGCGCACAAGCUCGGGUUCUGGACAGACCAGUUCGUCGUCCAAGAGGGUAGCACCAGUGCCGGUGACCAUGCCCUCACCGCCUCCUGCAAACGAUCCUGCACGCAAUAAUGGACCGCUGGCUAUGAAGGCUGGAAUGACUACGCAAGGGGGAGAUGUGUUCAUACCAAUCAAGAAGAUUGAGCCGGGACCGGAAUUCUUCAACAUCAUUGGUGUAGUUACGUCAAUCAAGCCCGUGACAUUCACGCGCUCACAAGAGUGGUGCCGUAAUUUCACCAUUGUCGACCCGUCCUGCAUGGAAGACGAUACAGAAUUCGUGAAUUAUAACUUCAGGGUCAAUUGCUUCCAGAAGAAGCACACGGCGCGGCUCCCUCAGGCUGAAGUUGGCGAUAUAGUCCUCUUUCGGAGGCUUAAGACCUCCUUGUAUAAUGGCGGCUUCAAUGGCGUAGGGUAUCAUGAUAAGUUGCGCUGGGCCACCUAUGAUACCCAAGCUCGGUGUUUCCGCGUUCCUGACAGAAUUGACGCCCCGCGUUCCGAGACACCAGACGAAGGAUCUGGAUAUAUGUACUCACCUUACUACGAGCCGAGUGAGCAAGGCAAAGAAGCGCAGUACUGCGCUCAGCUUGCCGACUGGUGGCAGGCGAUACAUGCAAAAGAACAAGGCAUCACAACUGUGCAGUGUGUCUCAUGCCCUUCGCGAGAGCAUCAUCUCAUCUCUGAGGUCACUCCGGAGACUUCUCCUCAAGGUUAUUUCGAUUGCACCGUCGAAAUUUUGCACAGCUACGAAAACACCAGUGGACCCAACACUUUGUAUGUGACUGACUACACCGUAAACCCUCACGCCAAACCACCACAAGCAAACUGGUGCUCUUCGGAACUGUCAGCAUACGUUUUCAAGAUAGAGAUGUGGGAUGACGCGAGGCUCCUCGCAAAUACAAUGCAGCCCGGGGAAUUCUGGAGCCUCCCAAACGCACGCGUGAGGACAGACCCCGAUAAUCAUCUCCACGGUAAAUUGGUGGAAACACACAAGUCAAAAAAGCUUGAUGAGGCCGAACAUGGCAAGAACUUGCAUUUUCGCGCAUUGCUAGAGCGAAAAAAGAAGUUUGAGCAAGGGGGAGGGGUGUCCAGCUCUUCUGCACGUUUUGACACUAAGUUGAUUGAAGAUGUUGACGGAGCCGUCGCAUUCUUCCACUGCACUGUUGAGCUUCUUCAUGUUGAUCUUGCCCCUGGGGAAGAGUCAGUUGUUUAUGUGACAGAUUACACAUUCAAUCCCGAACUCUUCAACCCAACAGAGCCAGCACCCUGGAUCGUCCUGGAGGAUGGGCAGAAAGGGAGAGCACGCGACCUUCAGCCGGGCGCGAUGUAUAGAAUCAAGAAUCUGCGCUUGAUCACCAGGAUAGGUGUUAAGGGUGCCUUCGGGCGUCUAGGGGGCGACGAACGACUCAUCAUUGCAGCCGACGACCGCGAAAAGGAGGACGUACAAGCUCUUCUUCAACGCAAGAAGAAGUGGAAGUUAGAAAUGAAACGAGACGGGGUGUCCGUCGAACCGGCGACCAAUUCCGUCACAACAUCACGCCCUCGUACUCCCGAGACAUUCCAGGAUCUCACUCUGAAACAAGUUAUCGCCAGCAGCGUCUGUCUUAACACAUUCACAGUCGUUGCGCGGGUAGCCGAUUUUUAUCCCUUCGAUCUGGAUCAAGCCACGUACCUGCGGUGCAUGAAGUGCAACACCAAGAUACGGCGGACCUGGAAACGCUGUAUCGACUGCGAUGACAUGCUCGACACUCAUUGCAAAUGGCUUUACAACCUGCUUUUCGAAUUGGAAGAUGAUGAAAAAAACACAAUUACGGUUUCUCCCUGCAACGAAUCUUGUAAACUUCUGUCUGGACUGCCCGCUACCGACUUGGAAGCGGAUAAAGAUGCUCUCAAUCGACUUGUAGCUCGCCUACAACCCGUUAUCGGCAACCUCGGGCAAGUGCAUGACACGUAUGCAGAGUCGAAGGUCCUGCCAGUCGUUUCCCCGAAAAUGCGUUUCACCGUCAGGAGUUGGAUCGCUGAAGGUGACCGAUGGUAUAAGCUUCUGGAUUGUACUCCACUUUGAUCUUUCCUCGGACAAAUGGACUCCCCGAUUGAGCCCGUAAAAUAUGUGUAAUCCGUCGAUAAUCUGUAUUCUGUAUAGCGCAGCUAAUUUUUCUACGUCCUCGAGUGUCUUGUAAUGCGACCAACUCUCGGUGUCUGCUCUUUAUGUACUUUGUAACAGGGAAUUGCCUUGAUAGGAUGUCAGCGAGCAAUAUCAUGAUGUCACGACACC